AUGUCUCAUAGCAAAAGUCACUUCACUGCCCAUGAGCGCAACGAAGUCGCCAACCACUGGGGGUCGAAAAGCACGCGGCUGACUCGAGAUUCCUUCUUACCGUUUGGGUCAUGCCAAUUAUGUCUCCUUCCAGCCCGUGAGCCCGUGAGCUGUGCCGGACAUGGACACUUUUUCUGCCGGGAAUGUGCUCUCAGCAAUAUCCUGGCUCAGAACAGGGAGCUCAAGCGCCUGAAGAAGCAAGCUGAGCGGAGAAUUGCUGAAGAUGCCGAUGAGAAGGAUCUCGAGGACGCUGAGAGCCAGGCGAGAGCAUUGGAGGAGUUUGAGAGGGUGCAGGCGGGUUUGAGCGCGAGGAGUGGUGGACGGGCUGGGCAGAGGAUCGUGGGCAGGCGAGAUGGCAAGGUCACAAUUGAGCAGGAUGCUGAAGGCAAGGGCGCGAAGCGCAAGUUCGAGGUUGGAGAGGACGAGCUGCUACGACUGGCCAAGGAAGGUGUCUAUAAACGUCAAAGGCCCGGAGAUGCGAAGGACAAGAGCGAAUUACCUAGCUUCUGGGUGCCGAGUGAGACGCCUGGUAACAAAAGGGCUGACCUCAGAGUGAUCAAGCAGCAGCCAUCGUGUCCAGCAGCUGCAGCCGAGAAGCCACACGACUUUACGCUGAAGACCUUAAUCACUGUCAACUUUAGCUCCGACAAGGCCAAGGGCGAUGAAAACAAUGAUCAACCCACGUCACGAAGCUGUCCAAGCUGCAACAAAACGCUCUCAAAUAGCACGAAAGCCGUCCUCGCCAAACCAUGUGGUCACGUGCUGUGUGAACCAUGCAGCGACAAGUUCCAGCGACCACCGGAGAAGUCUGCCCACGAUACAGAGCUUGAUGAAACUCUCCGAUGCUAUGUUUGCCAAGGAGACAUCACAGCUGGACGCAAGGUGAAGCGGCGGAAGGACGGAGACGCCAGUGAGAAAGAGGGUAAAGUCGAGCGCGGCCUCGUGGAGCUCAGUAGUGAUGGGACUGGGUUCGCUGGUGGCGGGAUGAACAUGGUCAAAAAGGAUGGUGUUGCAUUCCAAUGCUAG